AUGGAUCACAAUUCACAUGAUAGCUGCAGCACCACGACGCUAGCUAGAGGCGUCGACAUGUUCAACCGCCGUGGCUCUGUAAUUGCCGUCGUUAUCCCCGGGCUUGGAAACGCGGAAACCCUCACCGGUGCCUCGGUGCAUUCCGAUCAACCGUCCACCGCCUCCGACUCGGAUUCUCAUCACCACAAUCACAAACAACCGGAUCGACCGGAUCCAAAUCAUGGCGACUGGCGUCCGGUGUACCCGCGUUUGGUCUCCUUCCACGAUUGUCUCUCGCUUGCCUCGGCGUGGAGUCUCGGUCAGCCGCCGCCUUGGAACGAGCACCGGCCGACUGGCGCUAGCCAAGCGCAGAGCCGGUCCGAGGACGAUCCAGGAGACGGAAAGUCGAACGAUCUUCUCAAUUCAUGUCCAGCAUUCAGAAAUGAACUCGGAGUCGAAUCAGUGCGUCGAGUGGCUCUCUCACGCGCGACUCGGGACGCCGUUGUGGACGUUCGGUCGACGGAAACCUGGCAUCGAGAACACACGGCGGCUGAAGCUCACAUUCUCGAAGAUGUCUCGAACGUUUAUUUGGGUGGUCGACUGUGCGCGGCGCGUCAACCAAAAUGCGUGAUCGAGCCACAAGAUAUCGGCAGCUACUACUACAGACACUGCUUUGUGGGAAGACAGCACAUGGAGAUGGUUGGAAUGGACGAGGAUCUCGGGCCGAUCGUCGUCUCGGUUGUGAAAGAUCUGGCGGAUAAAGGGCGCUUCGUGACACCAAUAGAGGCGAAGGGUGCAAUGAAAGUGCCAAAGCAAACAAUUUAUCGGAUGAUUAUUCGAAUCGGCGAUCUGAAAACGAUGAGAGUAGCCAUUUCGGAAGAUGUUUUACCCGAGUCAAAAGAUGGAGCCGAGCGUGUCUCAUCUCGAGCCCUUUUUAGAGAGCUUUUGGAGAUCGUUUGCCCCCAGCUACACUUCUCGGUGCUUCGGCCGGCGCUGCAAACGCAGAAAUUCGAGGAGCUGUUGACGAAAAUCGACGAGCAACCAAUCUAUGCAAGAUAUAAGGUUGGCGUCAUUUUGUGCAUGGACGGGCAAAGCACCGAGGAGCAAAUGUACAACAAUGAGACGAGUUCGCCGGCUUUCGACGAGUUUCUCGAAUUUUUGGGGCAACGAGUCCGCUUGAAAGGCUUUGAUCAAUACAAGGGCGGUCUCGACACAAAAGGUGACACGACUGGUGCACACAGCGUUUAUGCAGAGUAUGAGAGUCACGAGAUCAUGUUUCACGUCUCAACCCUCCUUCCCUACACUCCACAGAAUCGACAACAGCUAGCCCGAAAGCGCCACAUUGGAAACGAUAUGGUAACCAUCGUCUUUCAAGAGGCUGGCGCUUUGCCAUUCUCGCCGAAUACCGUUCGUUCACAUUUCCAACACGUUUUCAUCGUGGUUCGAGUUUCGAAUCCGUGCACAGAGAACGUCUCGUACAGUGUUGCUGUUUGUCGUGCCCUAGACGUGCCCUCAUUCGGUCCACCGAUCCCCCGCGGUGCCACUUUCAACAAAUGCGCUUACUUUCAUGAUUGGCUGCUCACGAAAAUCAUAAAUGCUGAAAAUGCUGUGCACCGAUCAAAGAAAUUCGCCGCCAUGGCUGCAAGAACAAGACGAGAAGCUUUAAGAGACCUUGUCGAGAACCAUGGUGGCCCGGUGAACGAGGGACCUGCGCGGAUAGCAAGUCGUCUCCUGGGCGGAUCGGUGAAACGUCGCGAGCGCACGGUUCCGCUGAAGCCGCAGCUGGUGUCACCGCUUCGGGGCGCACUCUCGUGGCUCGUCGACGUGCACGAUCACUCGCUGAAUCUCCGCGUCUCCUGUGUACUUGGUCUCUCCUUUGACGCGCUGGUGCUGUUAGAGCGGCCAACCGGUGUCCCAAUCUUUAUCACGCCCACUCAUUCGAUUAUUGGAUGGAUUGCAAACCCGGAGACUGGCUUAAAAAUCUAUUAUGAUCAUGGGGAUAUGUUGUUGGUGAGAUGCUGUGUGGCAGAGGGAAGCGCCGAGAUCGAGUUGGCUACGCUGUUGGAGAGACUCAGCAAUGUGACGAAAGGAGAAGAGGCACGAGAGGUGAUGGUGCGCAGGAGUAGACUGGAGUCAUGGGGUUUCCAUAUUCAGGAUGAAGGAGUGGUCACCGACGUUGAAAUGUAUCAAACAGCAUGGAAAGCCGGUUUGCGACAAGGCAGUCGCAUUGUUGAGAUUGAGGGUUUUGCAUUAGCAACGCUCUCGAUGGAGCGCAUUUGUGAUUUGCUGAAUGAGAAAGAGGCGUUGCGAUUGUUGUUGAUUGCGCCGGCGUCCGAUGGGAGUCCGAGAAGGGGAUGCGAGGAUCCAAAUUGUGCGGCGAUGCGCGGCACCCAGGACUGCAUGCUGACACCAGACGCUUUCGCCAGGCAGCCAAUCACAUACGGUGACAUGCUGCGCUUGCGUGCUAGAGACUUGGACACGUCUCCGCACUCCUCUCCCCUCUCGAAUCUCUCAAACGAUGGCUCUUUCUCGUUUAUCACAAAGCACGCUCCACGAUACGAGGGUGCUCAUCACACGAAUCAAAUAAGACCAAAAAACUCAUUAGGGACGACGAACAACAAUGGGGCAUCGGUUUCCGACGGAUUAUCUCAAUUGUUGCAUGCGCCCAAAUUGAACAGAGCCUUUUCUGAUGAGUUUUUGCGAUUGGGGAGGAGUCAAGAUGGAGAGAUGAAUCCCCUCGUCGGCGAGGUGGAUCGGCUGAAGGGUGAACUCUCGCGCGCGCAACUCCACAUCGAGAAGCUCGUGCAUGAGAAUCGACGCCUUGAGGAAGCGCUGGCGAAAGAAAAACACGCUCACGAGGUGACGAGAAAAGAGAUG